AUUUUGGGUUACAAACGGACAGACUCUGUGCUAUACUCGACCAGAGAUUCAAUAUAUUCAUUACAGUCAUCACAGAGAAACACAUCGAUUGCUUUGACAUUUUAUUUGACUAUCUUUGACACUAUAAAACACUCAAUUUUUAUACUAUUUCUAUACAUUUAAUUCAAUCGAGCCAUAUAAUGGGUGACGAUUUAGUCGAUAAAAAAGGUCGGGGAAGACCUAAAAAGCAGGUCAUAGUCGGUGAAGAAGAAGUUAAUUGUGGUAAACGUAAGGCAAGUGAAACCGCUUCCGGAGAAUCACAAUCCAAAAGAGGUCGGGGAAGACCUAAAGGAUCAAUCGGAAAGAAGAAGAGAAAGAAGGCUAAAAACUUUACCAGAAAAAGAAGUAAAAAACCAAAAGAUGCAGUCAGUGCUAACAUUGGAGCCGAUUAUUCGGGUGAAGACUAAUAUAUAUGUCAUAUUAAUAAACACUAUAAUACUAUAUUAUAUGUAAAUU